GUCUGCUCUCAUUUAGGGGCAAAUUUGCGUGUUAGCUCCAAAAGCAUUAUUGGUAAUGAAUAGGCGUGUUUAGCCGUUUCGGCGCCUCAGCAGCAGCGGUUCUCAAUCAUCACCGCCGUCCGGACACCGGAAGUGAAGCUGCCGCUGUCAGAUGAGACCGACCUGCACGUUCUGCUCCGAUUUGUUUUGCUAGUUAGCAAAUUAGCUGCUGGCUAGUUAGGAGACUAGUCGGCUAAUGCUAACAGUGCUAACUUAAAGAAAGCGUUAUUGUCAUUUGGCAUAACGUCAGAUGACUUGCUGUAUUGUUGAUUUUAUUCGGGGUUUAUGGUCGUCUCUCUGUCAUAAUGUGUCCGAGUGUAGUUUCCGCUAUUAACAAGUCGCCUUGGACUGGUUUUCACUAAUAGCGGAAGAGUCGAGCAGGGUUAGCCGAGCUACAUCCAGCUCACCGGGAACCACCGCGGACAUUGCAAGCCGACUGACAGCGUGCGGUGCGGGCGGUGGGAAGCUCACCGGACAGCCUCUGGGCUAGCUAGAAUAUCGUUUAGCAUCAACAGUUAUCGACUGGGAAAAGGUUUUCAGCGAGCAUGGCGAACGUCACUGACCUCCAGGCAAAAUAUAGCAAGCUGGCGCAGGAGUAUUCAAAGCUCCGUGCUCAGAACCAAGUGCUCAAGAAAGGAGUUGUAGAUGAACAGGCCAACUCUGCCUCCCUAAAGGAGCAGCUGAAGCAGAGGGACCAGAGCCUGAGGAAGCAGGAGCAGGAGAUGGACAGUCUCAGCUUCAGGAACCAACAGCUGGCAAAGCGGGUGGAGCUCUUACAAGAAGAGCUGGCUGCAAGCGAAGCCAGGGGCAAAAAGGGGAAGAACAAAGGAGACUCUCCCUCCCAGCACGGCCUACAGACCCAGAGUGUUUUUGAUGAGGACCUGCAGAAGAAGAUUGAAGAGAAUGAACGACUUCAUAUACAAUUUUAUGAAGCAGACGAGCAGCACAGAAGGCAGGAGGCUGAGCUGAGGGCACGACUGGACGACCUGGAGGAGGACGCCAAGCAGCACCAGGCUGUUGUGGACGAGUUCACCACGAAGUACAUGGAAACAAUCGAGCGACUGCAGAGUGACAAAGCACGUCUCGAGGUUAAAGCACAAGCUCUGGAGAGGGAAGCAAAAGAAUGUCGAAUGCGAACCGAAGAGUGUCAGCAGCAGUUAAGGCGUUGCCAGUCUGAACUGAGCAGACAGGUGAAACAAAGCAGCAGUGUGAUCCAGGAGAAAGUGCCCUUCAAUGACACCAAAUUCGCCGACUACAACAGCCUAAAUGUGCCAUCACACAAUAGAAGGCAUCAGCUCAAGGCGAGGGAUGUGGCCGGCCAGGCCCUGAGCUUUAUCCAAGACCUGGUGGCUGCCCUGCUGAACUUCCACUCCUACACAGAGCAGAGAGUGCACAUCUAUCCUCUGGACUCCUCCAUUGAGCCAAUCUCGCCUCUUAACCAGAAGUUUUCACAAUAUCUGCAUGAGAAUGCGGCCUAUGUGCGCCCCCUGGAGGACAGCUUUCUGCAGCUAUACCAAAGCAUCACAGAGGACACUGUCACAGUACUGGAAACUGUGGUGAAGCUGAAGAGCUUCGCUGAUCAUUUCUCGUCAUACACCAGCUUCCUGCUAAAGAUUCUUCCCUAUCAGCUGAGAAGCCUGGAAGAAGAGAGCGAGGCCCCUCUUUGUACGGCAGCCCUUACUGUGAAAAACCAGGAGCUGAAGAGUGACAUGAAGAGAGUAACGUCUGUGUUUCAGAAACUGCAGAGUUACAUCAACCUUUUGGCCUUACCGAGUGUCCGGCAGGACGCCAUGCCACAGAGCAGCAUAUCAGCGGUCUUCACCCAGCUGUCUGCAGGCCUGCACAGUCUUCACGAUGCUAUUAAAGAGAUGUCAAAGCAUUACAACCAGAAGGCCAGCAUCGAGCAGGAGCUGCCGACCGUCACUCAGAAGCUUUCCACCACCACCGAAUGCCUGCUGGGAUCUUUGGGUUCUUUGACCAGCAGCACUGGCAAGAUUGCCACGUUCUUCAGCAACAACCUGGACUUCUUCACCUCGUCUGGCUACUGUCCAAGAGGGAGCACAGUCGCCCUCAAUCCAUUGCAGGCAGAGAGUAUGCUCGCCAACAAAAAGAAAGCUUCCGCCUAUAUCUCCGCCAUCAAAAGGGUUAGGCCACCGUCUGUUCCGUACAGAGAAGCUCUGGCUAACCGUCGGAUACUUACCAGCUCCACAGAGAGCAGAGAGGGGCUCACUCAGCAGGUGCAGCAGAGCCAGGAGAAGAUCGCUCGCCUGGAGCAGGAGAAGGAGCACUGGCUCCUGGAGGCCCAGCUGGGGAAGGUGCGCCUGGAAAAGGAAAACCAGCGCAUUGCGGACCUGGAAGCACAGCUCGCAGCGACCCUAGCGGGAAGUCCACACUUGCAAACGGCUGCGGCGAGCUCGCUCACACAAAGCCACGAGGAAGCGGAGACGGAGCAGAAAGCCACGGGGAAAGAGACGACGCUGUGCACCAGCCUGGUUGGCAUGUUGUGUACGACGCCUUCCAUGGAACAUGUGGGAGACGAGGAGUCCAGAGAGCAGCUGAUAAAGACUCACUACAUGGCCAGAGUCGGAGAGCUCACCACCCAGUUACAAAUUUCGGACAGCAAAGCUGUGCACUUUCACUCUGAGUGUCGAGCUUUGGCCAAGAGAUUAACCAUUGCAGAGAAGUCACGGGAGACUCUGAGUGACGAGGUCAAACAAGCAAAUAAGAACAUCACACGCUUGCAGGACGAGCUGGCGACAACGAAGAGGAGCUAUGAAGACCAGCUGAGCAUGAUGAGCGACCAUCUCUGUAGCAUGAAUGAGACUCUGAGCAAGCAGAGAGAAGAAAUCGACACGCUCAAAUUAGGCGGCAAGGGAAAUGCCAAAAAGAACAAAGGUCGCUAGAGCUGCUCUCUCAACUCGGCUCUGUUUGGCAUUACAAAGGGCACCUUGGGAGAAGAUCUUUCACUGAGGAGCCUCCCAGCAGCGUCUUGGUACCAACUCUGUCACCGAACCACAUGCUCGCUGCGUGAGCCUCAGAUUUCCUCCCGUCAGACUGCGGCAAUACAAGGGAACUGUUUGGAGACGUAAACAUGUUUGACUGAAGAAGCCUUGCUUUAUUUUUCCCCGAUUUUUCAUCACCGCUCCAAUUAAAAUGUAAAAGAAGUUGCUAAAAAUGCUUCUUGAAACUCGGAAGUUUCUGCUCAGCACAGUGGGGGUGAAGCUAAUGCCUCCAAAAAUCCCUCUGAAAGGCGCAGAGGAAUGCUAACAGUUGAAGCUGAUAAUACUCACUGAUUCAAGACUUGAAGACCAAACCCUGUUAAUCGUCUGUGUGUGUUUUUUCCCCACUGAAUUUGUGUGAAAGUGAGAAAAAGAAACUGCAUUCUUAUUGCUUGUCUGUCAAAGUAGUAGAGCAGAGUGAAAGUUGGUUUGUUUGCAGGCUUUAUGACAUGUGAGCAUUGUUUUACAGCAAAAUCUUUUUAGAACAAAUUUGAGAUUAUUUCUUCCACUUUUUUUUUUUUUUAUAAACUCUGGUAUGCUUACUUGCAGUGUAAAAUCCCUUCUGAUGUGCAAUUAUAGCAAACUUAUGUAAAGAAGGGUCAGUGAAUAAAGACAUGCUACAUUCCUCAUUUAAAAAAGAAAAAAAAGAAAUCUAUCCUCCGGCAAUGAAGGCGAGAGACGUCUGCCUUGAAGCACUGAUUAUCUAUGUUUACCUUGAUGGACGGGGACGGACAAGUCGGAGCGUGUGAAAUGAUGUCAGUCCGUCUCUGUGUAGUCGCUCAAACAGUAGCCGUUGUAAUCACCAAAGUGAGUGUAGCUGUGCGCUCUGAAGCACGGUAGUCCGAGUCUGUGUCACGAUGUGUACGGAGGGAAAAAAAGGGUUAAUGUGAAUAUCCACUCGGUAGAAAAAAAAAAUGUUGUACUGUAUAAUGUCUUAUAUAUGUAUAGAGAUAAAUAUAUAUAUACAAAGGCAUUUAUCCAGAAGGUAGAAUUACAAAUCUUUAUUUUCCAGACAUUUCGAGAACUUAAGUCUGCAGAUAGUUUCUUUUGUGUGUCUCCUGUAAAGGCUCGAUUACUGGGAAGUGUCACAGAGAGAUUGACCUGCACUGAAAUGGGUGCUCGGAGAAAUGUUAGAGGGCAGUUACCGUUUACAGUAAAACACAGCCUCCCCGGCUUGUAGUGACACGAGGUAAAUGAAAACAAACCUCUUGUUUGCCAGUCCGCAGCUGCCAGCAGACCUUUGAUUGCAAAGAUUUGCCAACGCCCUCUCAAGUGAAUAAAAGAAAAA